AUGACAACGAAUCCUUACUAUUCAAACCGUUAUACAGCAGAACAGCAUGAGAGCCUAAUCAAUUUCGUCAUAUCUUCGUUAGAUUCUCCCAACGAACCCACAAUAGUCUCAAAACAUUACUCAAAUGAUAGGAACAUGGCCACCGAAGUUCAGGCAUAUGCUAAAAUAUCUGGUAAAGAUUGGACUUAUUAUGUGAAAAAUUUAGAGAUCAGCAUAGGAAGAGAUACAGAAUCCAAAUUCGAUGUCUUACCCGAUUUAAAUAGCAAUCUAACACAUGAUCCAAAUAAAGUAGACAUUGAUCUAGGUCCAGCUAAGGUGGUAUCAAGAAAACAUGCCAUAAUUAAAUAUAACAUUCAACAAGGUUAUUGGGAGUUACAUGUUAUUGGAAGAAACGGUGCCAAAGUCAAUUUCCGUAGAAUCCCUCAUAGUGUUUCUAAGUCUAGUCCUCCAACUACUAUCCCUUUGCAAUCCGGUACCAUUCUAGAUAUUGGUGGUACUCAAAUGAUCUUCAUUUUACCAGAUCAAAUACCUUUAUUGUCCGAGUCUGCACUAGACUAUUUAAUACCUAAAUUGACAAGAAUCUUUGGUCUACAACCGAGUACAAAUAAUCUAUUGAUCAAUGAUUUGAUAAAAAGUUCACCGUAUGCAAUACAAGAAAGAGAAAGAUUGAAAUUUGAGCAAGCUUUACAAAAUCCUUUGAACAAUAACAAUAACGGCAAUAAUAAUGCAUCUAUAGCUUUCCAAAAUUCAAGAAACAAUAUCACAGACAAUAGCGACAUUAAUUCUUCAAAACUUAUUGACAGUAAUAAUAACAACUCUACAAGUCAAGAAUUUAGAAUCUUUAAGAUGUAUAGUACCGUACCAAAUAAUAAUUUUAAUGGCAGCAAUAGUUCCGGUGAUUUUAAUAAUCAUCAAUUAAAAUAUAACACGUUGAUCCACAGCAACAUUCCAUCUGCUACCACGAAUAAUAAUGUACCAUACAAUGAACUCUCUGGCCCCACCACAAUAGUCAAUGGUGAUUAUUCCUAUAAUGUAGUAUCACAGUCUUCAUCAGAGGCAAACAUGAAAAGACUUACUGCACUGGUGGAGAGCGGUUUCCCAAAUGCAAUGGAUUACGCAACUGAUUUAUCCCUAGAUGAAAAUAGAUCUGUAAAGCCACCUUACUCAUACGCCACUAUGAUCACACAAGCUAUCCUAUCAAGCAAAGAAGGUGUUAUUUCUUUAUCUGAUAUAUAUAGAUUUAUUUCCACAAAUUAUUCCUAUUAUAGAUACACGAAAAGUGGUUGGCAGAACUCAAUUCGACAUAACUUAUCGUUGAACAAAGCAUUCGAAAAAGUUCCUCGGAGACCUAAUGAGCCUGGGAAAGGUAUGAAAUGGAGAGUCAGUGAGAAAUUCCAAAAGGAAUUUUUGAAUGCAUGGUAUUCUGGCAAUUUGUCCAAGAUAAAAAGAAGUUCACCAGUUUCUAGACAAUUGUACAUACAUUUAUCUAAAUAUCAUAGAUUACCAGGACGUGACGAAAAUGGAAAUUUACUAAACCCCUAUGGGGAGACCCCAUCAACAAAUAAUAUUAACCAGACUAAUGUUGAAGGUAAUAAUAUUAAUACUAAUACUACCACUAAUGAUAAUAAUAAUAACAAUAGUGGUACUGAAUCAGCUACCAACAACAAUAGCCAGAAUGUUAAUAAUCCAAACAAUAAUAUCCAACAGUUACACACUGUUCAAAUUACUUUUACUGCUAAUGAUAGUAAUAAUAAUACUACAAAAACAGAUAAUGCCACAUAUCCUUUGAAUAAUGAAAUCCCUAAUGACAAUGUAUCCAACACAUUGUUAAAUUCCGUAGAUCAGAACCAACAACAACAACAACCACAACAUGGACAAGAACGUGAACUUUUCCAAAGUCAAAACAGUAAAUUCCCACAAGAAAAUGAUACGAACAAUCAUAGUGAAAAUCAAAGUUUACAGACCAAAGAUCAAAACAUCAUAUUACCAAAGAUUGUAAUGGAUUCUAACAGUACAUCCACUACUUCUUCCAAGAGUUCUUCAAAUACUGGUAAUAUUCCUACCGGUUUAAUGGAAAACACAAACAUGAAGAAUAAUGAAAUAUCAAGGACUGAGAAAAUGAAUAUAAAUCAGGUUAACAAAGAAAAUGUUAUGGAAACAAAUAGCAAUAGCAACAGCAAUAGCAACAAUAACAACAACGAUCAUAUCACUGUUACUAAUAAUUCAGACAAAUUAUCGGCGUCCAAUAUAACUAUUCCUUUUUCAGGAAACAAACUUGAACAAACUUUAUCAAGUGGAUAUGAUACGUUAUUAAGAUCUCCCAACAAGGGAUUCCAUAUCAGCGCUAUGGAGGCAUAUACUCCUGAACGUGGAAGUGUUAUAAACCAACAAGAGACUAAAUCCCCGGAUGUUUCCAAUACUGCAGGAAACAGUGAAGCUCCAUCCAAUAAUAAAUAUGAUAAUGACACUACUAAUAACAAUGGUAGUUGUACCCCAGCAAUUUCAUCUGAAAGUGGUUUAGCAACUUCAGCAAAUAGCAAAAAACAAUUGUUAAAUAGUAACAAGUCAUCGCCUGGUGUAUGGAAUUUAUUACAGUUUAGCUCCACUACUAAUACACCAGCAAUUGCAUCCAUCAAUUCUCGGGAAGAUAAUGAUAUGAAUGUUGCUACUUUCUCUACCAGUCAUUUCGAUAAGAACAAUGAACCUGCUGAGAAUAGUAAAAUAAAUGGCACUUUGUGGGCUUCUACAUCAUUUCCUUUGAGAUCACAAAGUAUUGUCACAUCUGCAGCUACAGAUGCGACCACUAGCAAAGAAACAGAUACAAAAUCUGAAACUAGUUCGACUGGUAUAAAAAGUUCAGUGAAUCAAAACAGAAAUCUAAUUUUAGAUACAGAAAAUGCAAAACUAAGUACCGUGAAUAAUUAA